UCUGAGCGCAAGUUUCUUCCAACACUCAGCACCCAGCUGCAGGUGAGGUUGAUAUUCAACGUUCUUCACUUAUCAGGUGGCGUUAUCGGUGCUUUCUGCUCUCUGGAGUCUCGGUGCUGGGUGACCAUGCGUGCUCGGCUAUAUUUCCCUUUCUGGCGCAGAGUGCAUCAUGGCACUCCUCGGUCAACGGAUUCGAGACUCUGGCGGCAAAGAGGGUCUGGACAAGAGAUCCAACAAAGGGAAGGUCCGUCUGGGACAAUACUUUUUCUCUCCACUUGUGAUAUACCUACGCCUAUCUUCUUGCCUUGAAUAUCUCCACCUCAUGGUGGAGUAUGGACGGUCUCCCGUUUGCUUCGGCUCAUUGGAGCAAUAAGGUAACGCAUAGCUGAAGAGAAGCGGCCUUAAACAUUCUCGCUGGCGGGCCGCUGACAUUCCUACUUGAUAUAGAGGACCCACGACCAGAUGGCAAGCGGCCAAAGUCGAAACCCACCUUCGUGGACCUUCAAUUUCCAUGCCUCCUCUUCGCGUGGCGUAGGGGACGAUAGCCGCUCAAUGCCUCGCCUUCCGUCUCUGAGGUUUCCUGGGGACGGCCUAGACUUCAGGACUCCUGCCUCCACCUCGCAGCCUGCUGAAGCUGUUAUCGAUCUUACGAAUGAACCGGAUUCUCCUCCGACUGCAUCUGCUCGAAACCCGACGUCUUCUAGAGCGAGCCGUCCGCCCCGGUUCCCCUCUGACAUAAUCGAUUUGGAAGUGCCAAACGCCGACGAGCAACGAACUGCUCGCCACCGCGAAGAGAGCCCUGAUGUCGAAUUCGUCUCUUCUCGUCGGAUACCCAGCCAAGAGCAGCUUCCCGGGUUAACCAUGUUGGGUCUUGGGCCUGCUCACCUCUUCCUCGGUCAUGGUUUUGGUGGAAGACCUCCAAGGGGAAUAAAUACCAGCGUGCCGGCAGUUGCAGGUCCCCGAGGCCAAUUUCUCCAUGAGCCACCCAGCUUGAUUCUGGGCUCGAUGAAUCGUCGGCCAUUUCCGCGUUACCAAUUAAAUAGAGAAGAAGAGAAUGUCAACCUUACGACAGACAAUUUUACGAAUCCUGGAGCUGUAAUCGAUUACGAAGAAGUUGGUUUCCGAAUAAACAAUAGCCCUCCUCCGUAUAAAGCGCCAAAUCCCGCUCGCCCGGGUUUCACUCGAUCUCCCGGAGAGGAUGACGUGGUGGUCUGUCCUUAUUGCGAGUUGGAAUUGGGUACAGGCAAAACCGACCUCAAGCGACAAGUCUGGGUGAUAAAGAAUUGUGGACAUGUUUACUGUGGAGAAUGUACUUCAAAGCGGCCUCUGCGGAAAUCGGCAAAGUCCAAAAACAAACCUUUUGCCGCCUGCGUCGUGGAAGGUUGUGGCACACCGACGUAUCCCAAGGGCAACAUGUUUCAAGCAUAUCUGGGCUAAUGCGGUCAUUCUUUUUUGGUAUUGCAUGCUCAAGAGUUGUUGUGCGGCGUUAAUCUGGGAUUUCUUUUUUCUUUUUUUUUUCUUUUCUUUUUCUUUCGGUCAGGUUCAUGGGCUGAGGCAGCAUGGUGUAAUGCGUGGGGCAUUUAUGGAGGCGUUUGCAUGGAGCGAAAGCUGGGGGGCGGACCCAGACCAGUUUCACCUUUUCAGAAUAUCUCUUACUUCUUUAUAUUUCAAUACUGGGCCCUGGAGGGUACAAUGCCACCU